GCUCGAUCAAUAGCACUUCGAGUUUCGAGACAUCAAUGAUGUCGACAAUGACCCUCCUUUGGAGCCAAAGGAGAACAUUUAUUUGGGGACUGCAAACGUUACAACAGCAAACAACUGUGAGCUGCCUGAUUGCUGAACGAAGCCUACUACUAGCCGGUACAAAAAAGGGCCAGUUUAUCGAACCGCAACAACGAUGGACAACGUUAACGAACGAGCCGCUCUCGAGAUUCCCCCAGAACCACAGAGACGUAUACCAAUAGACCCAGAUGGACAAGAACCUGUCGACCAUCAUCCACACAUCAUGGAACCAGCAUCGCAAGCAAGUGUGCUAAGCCCCGAUGCAACUCGCAUGACCUUGUCCGACACGGAACGCCAAUGGGCCAUGGCGAUCAAAGAAGCCGUGUUACAAGAUCUCGAGUUGGAUCCUCUCUCGGAUUUUGAUAUUGUCCAAGUCGCCUUGUUGGAUAGAGACAACAUAGAGGGGGCGAUGGAAAGAAUUUGCAAACUGCAAGCCUUCCAGCAGGAAUAUCGUGUCACGGACACUGUGGAGCAAGGACAAAUCACGACGCAACGAUGCUUGGAUUUGUUUCCUGGGUUAAUGCUUCACAUUUCGUAUCAGCCUUCUCUGGGAUGUCAUGUCCAUGCAGGUGAUGUGACCAAGUUAUACAAGAGCGUUGUGGAGUCUCAGAAGGAUACAUCAGCUGCCAUUUUGGUUCCUCUCUAUUAUCUGUUUCAUGCCACAAAUCCAGACUUUGAAUCCAUGCGACAAGGCUUGGUGAUUUUAUGUGAGUGCGGAGGCUUCAGCUGGACGGAUAAUUUCAAGUUGGAAUAUUUUCAAAAGUUUUGGUUGGAGCUUGGUGGUGUCUAUCCCAUCAAAUUAAAGAAAAUGAUGCAUUACCACACAAGCUUGUUCUUCAAUCUACUUCAUUCCAUGGGAAGGCCAUUUCUGCCAAAUGAUGUCAAGGAGGUAUUUGAGAUUGGGCUUUUUUCCGCGUUGGGAAGACUGGACAUAGUGUAUCUCUCUCCAAGUGUUCAAACUGCCAAUGCCAGAUUCAAGACAAGGAUUGUGGAAUCCCUUCAAACCAGACAUCAUAAUGCCAGUAAUUUUAGGCUCUGAUUGAAUCAUUGGAUAGAUACGAGCAAUACUGUAUGUACUUUUGAUGUGGCAAAGUAGAAUCAGCAAGUCUCUAGAUUUUUUGCAAUUUGGUUGAGUGACGAAAGAGCCCAAAGCAUUUGCCUCACGAGUGAGUCGAGUCAUGGAGCCAAGGCUGGCCAAGAUUAUUUAUUUGCAGCUGCUCUAGCUAGAGUAUUGCAGCAGUGCCACCAUUCCCAAACUGCAGUUUGACCCGAAUGAAGUGCUCGAAAAGUCCAUUCCCCGCAACUCCAUUGGAUGAUCAUUCGUUUCGCAACUCGGAGUAUUUAGGGCGAGAAGGAGGUUGGCUUUGCCAAACACGGCCCUGGCUCGGCGCUAUACUUGCUACUAGCAAGAGGGGGAGAUCAAUCACACUAACCGACGAACCGGGGGCUUGUGGCAAAUGACGUUGCGAAACGAUCGGGCUUGUAUGUCAACAUUGGAUAUCGAGAACAGGUCCUCGACAUGUUUUUUCCUACUGACAGGAAUGGCUCACCAUGGUCUUGGAAGUCGCCAUGGAUGCAUCUCCCUACCAGUACGGUACAUCGUACCGGUACUGACUCAGUCUGCUGACUGAGUGGCGUUGCGGGUGUCAAACUGGGAAUGGCAGUGCAAUAUCUAUAGAGCAGCCAGCCGCAAAUAAUCUUGGCCAAGCCUUGGCUCCAUGGACUCACUCGUGAGACAACUGCUUUGGGCUCUUUCGUCACUCAACCAAAUCGCAAAAUCUAGAGACUAGCAAAUUCUACUUUGCCACAUCAUAAGUACAUACAGUAUUGCUCGCCUAUAAGGUUAGAAUCAGAGCCUAAAAUUACUUGCAUUCUGAU